GGUGGGACACGGAAAUUUUCCUCAACUCCCGAAGCAAAGCCAUUGUCUCAUAUUUAUAUCACACAACACUCAAGAGGAGGAGGCAAGGAUAGUAAAUAAACCACCCUAACAAACAAAAAUAUCAAAGCCAUUUCACUGAUACAUCGGCGCGUCACUCUCGCGGCGAGUUUGGGGGGAUCGAGACCCUUCGUGAUGGGGCGAGAAUGAGAAAGUAUCAUCAUCGGCGGCUUUGGCGAUCAUGUCGUUUUCGUACUCCGAUUGUUUCUCGGACCUUCUCUGUUGCGAGGACUCCGGCGUAUUAUCCGACGAGUCUCUGGCGGAAUGCUCGUCGGACUUCGAUUCUACGUCCUGCGGCUUCGAGGAGGAAUCGAUCGCCGGUUACAUUGAAGAUGAGAGACACUUCGUCCCCGGUGUUGAUUACUUGUCUCAGUUCCAAUCCCGCUCUCUCGAUGCUUCCGCCAGAGAACAAUCCGUUGCCUGGAUUCUUAAGGUGCAGGCAUAUUAUGGAUUCCAACCUCUAACGGCUUAUCUAUCCGUCAACUACUUGGACCGAUUCCUUUAUUCCCGACGUUUACCGCAAACAAAUGGGUGGCCAAUGCAACUCCUAUCCGUGGCUUGCUUGUCAUUAGCUGCUAAGAUGGAGGAGCCUCUGGUUCCUUCCUUAUUGGACCUUCAGGGUGAAGGUGCGAAAUAUAUAUUUGAACCAAGAACAGUCCGGAGGAUGGAGUUUCUUGUUCUGAGUGUAUUGGAUUGGAGGCUGCGCUCCAUAACACCAUUUACCUUCGUAACUUUCUUUGCAUGCAAGCUCGAUCCAACAGGAAAUUAUGUGGCCUUUCUAAUUAAAAGGGCCACCAGGAUCAUUUUCUCUAACGUCCAAGAGGCCAGCUUUGUAGAGUAUUGGCCAUCAAGCAUUGCUGCCGCAGCGAUACUUUGUGCAGCCAAUGAAAUACCAAACUUGUCUCUUAUUGUUGAUCCUCAACAUGCUGAAUCAUGGUGUGGUGGCCUCAGCAAAGAAAAAAUCAUUAGGUGUUACCGGUUAAUCCGGGCGAGAAUGAGGUCCAGCAGUGACUCAUCUUCUUCUUCAUCAUCAUCUUAUAAAAGAAGAAAAUUAAAUGACUUUUUUUGGGAAGAAGAUGACAAAUUAAAUGAAACUCCGACAGAGCGAGGGAUUAAUUGAUAAUCAAAAGGAGAUCAAAGAAAAAAAGAUCGAAGCAAUGGUGAUCCGAGUUCUGUAGAUUCCUCAAAUAUUGUCUUGGAGGGUUUUAAGAGUAAUUUGACAUAUGAGUGAUGUAGAUUAUUUGGCAUAUAUAUUUCCUUAUGUGCACAUAGGAGUUUGGUGAGAGGAGAGAUUAUUAUUAAAUUUGUUUUUUGGAUUGUUUUUGUGAGUGAGAGAGAUAGCUUUACCAUUCAUGAGUGUAAUUAAAUGGUAUUGCUCUCGCAGAUUCCCAAGGGAAGGGGAUUUGCUUACAAUAAAGUUAUUAAUUUAAUUAUGUGUGGGGGAAAGAGGAGGAAAAAAGAAGAGAAGAUUUUGAGUUGUAAUAACAAUGGAGUCAUAGAUUGAGUGUGAGAAACUUUGAAGAUUUUCAUGCUGUU